CACCUCUCCGCGGCCGCAGAGGCGCGAUGGCCGACCGCAGCGCUGGCCCUGCCGAGGCGCCCGGCCCGCGGGGCUCUCCCCGACAAGCACCGCGGGUCCCUCGCGUGGUGGGUCCGGGCGGCAGCGAGACCCCGAGGACGGCGGCACUGGCGCUACGCUUCGACAAGCCCAUCAAGCAGGCCUUCUAUAACACGGGGGCCGUGCUGUUCGUGUGUCUGUGCUGCGGCGCCGCCGUGCUUGUCUAUUUCAUCCUAGAGGCCUUCCUGCGGCCGCUGUUGUGGGCCGUGCUGUGCGGCACCUUCCUGCACCCCUUCAAGAGCUCGCUGACGCGCCUGGGCCGCCACUGGUUGCAGCGGCUGCACCGCGCGCACACGCCCAUCGUGCUGGCCGCGCUGCUGCUGCCCCUCUGCUUCGCGGACUACGGCGUCGAGGCCCUGGGCGAGCAGGCUUUGCGCCGCCGCCGCCUGCUGCUCCUGCUGGGCGCCGGAGGCCCGCUGCUCUACGGCCUCUACUACCUCGGCAGCUACCUGGGCGUGCAGGUGCUGCUGGCGCACGCCGGCGAACUCAUCUGCGGUGGGCUGGACUACUUCAGCAGCCUGUGGAUCUGGACGUUGGUAGUUGGCUAUGUGUUGGCUGUUUCAUUCAAGUGGAAUGCAAGCACUGAACGCUACUUGAGAGCAGUUGCGAUUCCUGUCUGGAUUAUAUUGCUUUUUCAUUUAGCAUCCCUGGCUGGCUCCUGGAGAAUUCCAGUCUUCCUGGUUAUUGUUUUCCUGAUGUCUGUGGGCACCCUCUAUGAAAAGCAAAAUGAAAAAGAGUCUUCUGGGGCAGAGUUACCAGGGCAGGUUAUCUCCAUGGCAGCAUCUACUCUAGCAAACUUGGCCAUAUCGAUCACAGGGUAUGAAUCAAGCAGCGAAGACCAGCCCUCGACUCGGCCUGCAGAAACCAUGGACAGUGGUGAACCCCCUCCUGCAUUGUCCUCCUCGCCCUCUCCCUCCUCCCCUUCACCCACUCUGGGUAGACCAAGGCCUGAAAUGGGCACGUUUCUUAGAAAGAAGAAAACGAGCGACAUCUACUUUGUGUCUCUCGUGUGGGCCAUCAUCGUUGUCCAGAUCUGGCUCAACCUGUGGAUCGUGCAGCUGCUGCCAGUGCCAAUUGCCGUCUGGAUACUCAAAAAGCUUGUCAUUCACUUUGGAGUCGUGGACUUCCUGGAGCAGCGCUGCCGUGCCUGGUGGCAGGUUAUGGAGCACUUCCUGAAGGAGCGGCGGGAAGCCCUGGCGCCGUGGCCCAUCAUUGGGCUCGGAAAAUUCUUGUUAAAAGUUGACAGCAAGAUGAUCAUCUGGUUGGAAAAGAUGUUAGAUAAAAUCAUUAGCAUUUUCAUCAUAUUUUUGUUAGUGAUAGGAACCCUUCUGUUAGCCCUACUCCUGACUGCAAAGGUUCAUCAGGAGAGUGUACACAUGAUUGAAGUCACAAGUAAUUUGAUUAAUGAAACUCUAGCAAAUCAUCCUGAGUGGGCCAAUUGGCUUCCAGAGGCUCAGGUAGUUCAGAGAGCCCUGAAUUCUGCGGCUAACAAUGUGUAUCAGUACGGACGAGAAUGGAUAACUCACAAGCUUCAUAAAAUUCUAGGAGAUAAAGUGAACAAUACUGCUGUAAUUGAAAAGCAAGUACUAGAACUUUGGGAUAGACUGUACCAUUCUUGGUUUGUAAAGAAUGUGACCCAUUCUGGAAGGCACAAAGGACACAAGAUGCACGUGCAUCGUCAGAACAGCUGGCUGGGAGACAUUCUGGACUGGCAAGACAUUGCUUCCUUUGUUCACGAGAACAUUGAGACAUUUCUUUCGGUGUUAUCUUUUGGCUUCCUAAUAUGGAAGAUGAAGAUCCUGGAGUCUCUGUGGAUUGUGAUGAGCCGGAACGUAAGCCUGCUGUUUACCACCGUCACCACGCUCCUGACCAUCCUCUUCUAUAGCGGGACUGCCCUCCUCAACUUCGUGCUCUCCCUGAUAAUUUUCCUGACCACACUAUUUUAUCUGUUAAGUUCCAGUGAUGAGUACUACAAGCCCGUGAAGUGGGUGAUAAGCCUGACGCCACUCUCUCAGCCAGGUCCUUCUUCCAACAUUAUUGGCCAGUCUGUGGAAGAAGCCAUCAGAGGGGUGUUCGAUGCUUCCCUUAAAAUGGCUGCUUUCUACGGAUUGUACACCUGGCUGACACAUACCAUAUUCGGCAUCAAUAUCGUCUUCAUACCAUCAGCUUUGGCAGCAAUCCUUGGAGCAGUACCAUUUCUGGGAACAUACUGGGCAGCAAUACCUGCAGUUCUGGACCUGUGGCUGACACAGGGCUUAGGGUGCAAGGCCAUUCUACUGUUGGUUUUUCAUCUCUUACCCACAUACUUCGUCGAUACUGCAAUCUAUUCUGAUAUAUCAGGAGGUGGCCAUCCUUACCUCACGGGCUUGGCAGUGGCUGGUGGAGCCUACUACCUGGGCCUGGAAGGAGCAAUCAUUGGGCCCAUUCUUCUAUGCAUACUUGUGGUUGCUUCCAACAUCUACAGCGCCAUGCUCGUGAGUCCCACAAACUCGGUGCCCACACCUAGCCAGACGCCCUGGCCUGCUCAGCCUCAGCGGACUUUCCGUGACAUUUCUGAAGAUCUGAAAUCUUCUGUAGACUGACCGUUUCCACUGCCGUGACUUGGCUAGGAAGUUUACCCUCGACAGUGAGUUCAGAGCAGUUGUGCCCGGCUGUCCUUUCAGCUGCACCUAAGAAGUAGAACCUAGACAGGAGCAACCCCUGGAAAGAAGCAGAAGCCUCCUGAUCUUAUUAUACACAGGCUGCCUGGACAAGAGAGAACUUGCAGGGGGCUGCUUCGCGAGUUCAGAAAUGUUGUUUGUUCACUUGGCUGCUGCUAAGGUGGCUUGAAAUGUUUUAGUUUAUACACUGGUACCAUGGCUUGAAGUUUUUUUCACUUUGGUUAUCUAUAGUAUUAUAAUACGUAUUUAUAAAAUUAUUUUAAGAACUCUAAACUACCUGCUGUUGAAAAUGUGUACAAUAAUUUUCUUCUGCUUUAAGAGAUCUGUUCUUAAACUUUUCUGUGACAGUUGCUUUUCCACAAAGAAGGCCUAAACUUUUGCGUAUGUAGUUAGGUGGGCAGGAAAAAACAAGUCUUCCACCCUUUUCACAGAACGUAUGUCUCCUCUUUAAGAAAAAACAAAUGUAAGUACGAGGAUGGGGUGGCUCGUUUGAUGUUCAGUUGUAUGUUGCGGUCUGGGAGACACAAGACCGAGCUCCUCUCCCCUCCCUCUCCCUCCAUCCCUUAUUACAGUAUUGUCAGAAUUCUAAGACUUGGCUGACCACAUUGGAGUAAUAUACUUAUUAAGCUGCUAUGAAUGGUAACAGUCUGACAGAAUUUAUGCUAUCCUGCAGUUUCUUCUUUCUAAAUGUUUUAAGUGAAAAAUCUCAGGUGUAGCAAUACUCUGACUCGUUACAUGUAGCCAUGUUUCAUUAUUUGGAACUCUGCCUGCCCAGUUAGCACUUAGCAGCAGCAGGCUUUCAUAUUUACGUGCUGUUUUUCCUGUCCCUUAGCACAGUGCCUUGCACACGACUCUGGAUGAAUGCUUGUUGAAUUAACUUGUAACUUUUUAAAUGUCCCAGAUAGCACAGGACCAGCAUAGUGCUUUACAUCGUCCUUUUGCGUAUUAUUUCACAGCCACUUCCCAUCCGAUUUUGCAUAGCUGUUAUUUUACAGAUGCUUCACACCAAGUGGGAAGCUCAGGUUCAGAAAAGUAACCAACUUAAAGUUCUAAAGUUUAUUAAGAGUUGGCCUCAGGUCUUUCUGACGCCAUAGUCUGCCAACUCUGUAUGGCAGUAUUUCUUUAACAUCAUGUGGUUUUCUCAGUGCCAUGAGGUAGAAUAGGUGUUAUUACCCAUUUGUUAUGAAUGCCCACUUGUUCCACAGUUAAU